UAAUAAUUGUUUAAUGUAACUAGUUUAAUAUUUCUCUCUAAGUGAACGUGACUGAAAUUAAAUAUGAAACGUCACACAAUAUAUUGUUGAGCAAUAUAAAGUCUCUUUCAUGAAAGCCACGAUAUGAAAACAUAUCCACGUAGUCAAUGGUCCAUUCUGCGAUAGGUGGCGAUAAUUCACUAAUAUACGAACCGCUGUGAAACAAGAAGAUGACGUCACAACCAGCGUCAGUCAGCGUUGGGUCUCCUGAGUUUUAUUGCCCCAUCACACAGCAGUUCACCCACAGUUCAGCGUCUUCACAGUAAAAGAUGGAAUGUUCCCAUUAGUCUAAAAGCGAAGAAGAUAAAGUUUGUGAAAGAAAGUAAACAUGAAUGAUCCAGAGCCCUCCGGAAUAAAACUGGAAGAUAUGGAACAACAAAUAGACCUGAUAGAAGAGUACGAGGAGACUGAAGAACUGAUGGAAGAAGGGGAGAUGCAUCAGGUCAAAACUGAAGAAACAUCCCGGAGUCCCUCAUUGAAAAAUGACAGUAUAUGUUUCACUUGCCCUCAGUGUGGAAAGGGUUUCUCAUUCAAGCAAAAUCUUGACAUAAAAUUGCAUAAUGGAGGGAAGCCGUAUGCAUGUGAUCAGUGUGGGAAGAUUUUCACUAUAAAAACAAACCCGAUUGAACACGUGAAAAUCCACACUGCAGAGAAGCCACACAUAUGUGAUCAGUGUGGGAAGAGCUUUUCACAAAAAGGAAAACUUAACGAACACAUGAAAAUCCACACUGGCGAGAGGCCAUUCCCAUGUGAUCAGUGUGAGAAGAGAUUCACACAUAAAGGAAACCUUAAUGAACACCUGAAAAUCCACACUGGCGAGAAGCCAUAUGCAUGUGAUCAGUGCGGGAAGAGUUUUGCACAUAAAACCAACUUUAACGACCACAUGACGAUCCACACUGGAGAGAAACCACACACUUGUGCUCAGUGUGGGAAGAGUUACGCACGAAAAGGAGCCCUCAAUUAUCACAUGAAGAUCCACACCGGAGUGAAUCUGCACACGUGUGAUCAGUGUGGGAAGAGUUUCAGGUAUAAAACAAACUUUAACCGCCACAUGACAAUCCACACUGGAGAGAAACCACACACUUGUGCUCAGUGUGGGAAGAGUUAUGCACGAAAAGGAGCCCUUAAUUAUCACAUGAAGAUCCACACUGGAGUGAAUCUGCACACGUGUGAUCAGUGCGGGAAGAGUUUCAGGUAUAAAACAAACUUUAACCGCCACAUGACGAUCCACACUGGAGAGAAACCACACACUUGUGCUCAGUGUGGGAAGAGUUACGCACGAAAAGGAGCCCUCAAUGAUCACAUGAAGAUCCACACCGGAGUGAAUCUGCACACGUGUGAUCAGUGCGGGAAGAGUUUCAGAAAAUCAGGGGUUUUUAAAGUACAUCUACUUACUCAUUCUAGAGAAAGACGGUACAAUUGUGACCAAUGCGGUAAAAGUUUUUUUAGAGCAGAUUUCUUGAAGGACCACCUGAAAGUUCAUACAAAGGAGAGGCCUCACAUAUGUUCUUUGUGUGGAAAGAGUUUCAGACAGACGAGUGCAUUAAAGAGACAUCAGAAAAGACACAGUGCUGUGAAGGAUCAUGUUUGCUCUGAAUGUGGGAAGGCUUUUUUUACAGAUAGUGCACUGAAGGUGCAUCAGUCAGUUCACACUAGAGAAACACCUUAUAAGUGUUCACACUGUGACAAGAGCUUCAAACGCUCAGAAUAUCUGAAAAUACACGAGAGGAUCCACACUGGAGAGAGACUGUAUCACUGCCCUUCAUGUGGGAAGAGUUUCACUCAUUUAUCGUCUCUAUUCGGUCAUAAAAAAAAGUGCAUUUCUGAAAUUACUAGCAGUAGUUUGAGUUGAACUGUAAGACUGCAUCUAACAGUUGUUGAUAAUUGAUUAAUCCAAGGUUGUUAGAUCAAUGAAUCAACUGAUUGUUGAUCAUUUUACACCUUAAUAAUUAUGAAUUAUUUUAUUAUUUGCUAUUGAUUGCUAUUGUUGUUUAAGCUUAUGAAUAUGGUUGAUAAGAGAUUAGAGAAUGUCAUUGUUUCAAUGUUUUUAAUAUUGUGAAGCAGUGCUUUUUUCAUUGUUUUUGCUUUGGUAUAUUAGGACUUGUUGGAUUUGUACUGGCCAGACUAAGUCUGAGCUUUUAUACAAUUGCAUUCUGAAGAAGUCUUGAGCAUUGAAACAUACGCAACUAAGAUUAUUCAAUAAAUUGUGGUCUUUGUUAUGUCAUAA